CACCCUUCAUGACUUCUUGAUGCUUAGGAAAACACUUGAGUUGAUCAUGCGACACAAAAACAUGGGUUGUUUUAAUCUUAGAUUUGUCUUCUUCAUCAUCAUGUUUUGUCUUUCUAACUCACUGAUUACCAUACAAUGCACAACUGCAAAACCAAAUUACGUUUAUCAUGUUUGUUUAGGAGAUAAUAAUACUCCAAACAGUACAUUUCAAUCUAAUCUCAAAAUUCUUCUUCCUUCACUUUCAUCAGCCAACCCUUCAAUCAUCAAGAAUAGAUUCUAUAACACCACAGUUGGUCGAAGCCUGGAUAUCGUUUACGGGUCUUUCAGUGUAGAGGUGAUAUUUCAUUGAAAGAUUGUCAAGAUUGUGUUGAAGUCGGUACUAAAGAGAUGAAUGAAAAUUAUACAUGUCCACAUGUUAAACAAACAAUUAUUUGGUAUGAUGAAUGUAGGAUAAGUUAUUCAAAUGAAAAUUACUUCGGGUUGCUGCAUGAGCUACCAAGAUUUUAUUUUAGGAGUCAUGGUAUUGCUACUAAUCCGGCCAAGUUUAGUCCAGCAUUAGGUAAUUUACUGUAUGGUAUAGCAGGAGAAAUUGUGAGUAAAGCGGAUUCUACUAAUUUUGCUACCGGAGAUGCCAUGCUUAAUGAUUUUCAAAGGGUAUAUGGAUUAGUGCAGUGUACUUCCGACAUACGUUCAAAUAGUUGUUAUCAAUGUCUUUUAGCAGUCAUAGCUGAAAUACCAUAUUAUGAGGGACAAGGUGCAAGAUUAAUUACACCUACUUGUAACUGGAGAUAUGAAUCAUAUCCUUUCUUCAAAUCUAAGAUUAAUCCUUCACCACCAUCGUCGACAAAAACAACUGCACCAAAUAAUCCUAAUCGAGCUGCAAACCGCAAAAACUCGUCCAAACUUGUUAUUAUUAGUAUAGCCGUCCCGUCGGCUAUCACGGUACUUUCUGCCACUGCCUUGUGGUUUUUCUGGUUCUGGACAAAGAAGACAAAGUUAAGGAAAUUCGACUAUGUCAAUGAUGAGAUUAGAAGUACAGAACCCUUGCGAUUCAACUUCAGUACUAUAAGUGCUGCAACAGAUAUUUUCUCUGAAACCAAUAAACUUGGACAAGGUGGACUUGGAUCUGUUUAUAAGGGUACACUUCCCGACAGGCGAGAAAUAGCGGUGAAGAGGCUAUCGAAAUCUUCUGGUCAAGGUGAUCAAGAGUUCAAGAAUGAAGUCACAUUAGUAGGUAAACUUCAACACAGAAAUCUUGUGAAGCUUGUUGGUUUUAGUCUGGCUGGUGAAGAAAAACUACUGAUUUAUGAAUUCAUGCCAAAUCGAAGCCUUGACCAGUUCUUAUUCGAUUCGAUUAAAUGCACAUAUCUGGAUUGGGAAAGACGAUACAAGAUAAUCGGAGGGGUAGCAAGAGGACUCGUCUAUCUCCAUGAGGAAUCUCGUCUUAAAAUCAUCCAUCGGGAUCUCAAAGCUAGCAAUAUAUUGUUAGAUAAGGAUUUGAAUCCUAGAAUUGCAGAUUUCGGUAUGGCUAGGCUUUUUGUGCUUGACCAGACUCAAGCUAGUACAAACAGAAUUGUCGGAACUCAUGGUUACAUGGCUCCAGAAUAUAUAUUGCAUGGAAAAUUCUCUGCCAAAUCAGACGUUUUUAGUUUUGGUGUCUUAGUCUUGGAGAUUUUAAGUGGACAGAGGAACAGCUCUUUUCAUGGACCAGAAAUUGCUCGGAACCUUCUGAGCUAUGCAUGGAAACUUUGGAUAAAUGGAUCUGCAGCAGAAUUAUUAGAUCCAACUUUGGAGGACACAUGUUCAAGAAGUGAGGCGACAAAAUGCAUCCAUGUUGCGUUAUUAUGUGUUCAAGAAAAUGUUGCAGAUAGACCCACAAUGCCGAUGGUUGUCCAAAUGCUAAACGGUUCUCUGAUCAGUCACGAAUCACCAUCACCACCUGGAUUUUUUGCUGGUAGUACUACGAGACAUAUAGAGCCUCGGUCGAACUUAAACCUAGGCUAUAUUAAAGAACAAGGAAAUGCAAACGGGCCAAUUUCAGUAACAUGUAACGUGAAUGAAGCUUCAACUACUGAAUUAUACCCUCGAUGACAUUCCACUACUUCAAUAAUUAUCAUCGUUCAUUCAAGAAUUCGAGAUUCGAUUCUGAUUAAAAAUAGCAUUUUGCAGAAAGUUAUUGUUUUUAGUUUCUAAUGAAUCUGUCAGCUAUGUUAAACUGCUGACUAGAAAAUUGUCGCCUUAAUUAGAAUAUGAAUCAUGGCCAAAGUCUAGUGGAACUGUGUGAAUAUCAGUGUUCGUAACAAAAAAUAUUUCCAGACACAGAACACAAA